AACCCUCGAACCCGGCCACUCUCUCCCCAUCCCUCCCCCUUGCCGCGCCGCGCCGCCGACGCCUCCGCUGCCAUGAGCGCGGGCUGGAGGACGCUGCUGCUGCGGAUCGGCGACAGGUGCCCCGAGUACGCGGGCUCCGCCGACCACAAGGAGCACAUCGAAACUUGUUAUGGUGUCCUUUGUCGAGAAUAUGAACAUUCCAAAGAUGCCAUUUUUGAGUUUUUCCUUCAGUGUGCAGACCAAUUGCCUCACAAGAUCCCUUUCUUUGGAGUAUUGAUAGGUUUGAUAAACUUGGAAAAUGAAGAUUUUGCCAAGGAUAUUGUCAAUACCACGCAUGCCAAUUUACUGGAUGCCUUGCAUAAUGAAAAUCGUGAUAGAAUCAGGAUAUUGCUGCGAUUUCUCUGUGGCCUGAUGUGCAGCAAAGUUGUCCUGCCAAAUUCUAUUAUCGAAACAUUUGAGACACUAUUAUCAUCUGCCGCAACAAUAUUAGAUGAGGAAACUGGAAAUCCUUCGUGGCAACCAUGUGCUGAUUUCUAUGUGUAUUGUAUUUUGGCUUCCCUUCCAUGGGGUGGCUCAGAAUUGUUUGAGCAAGUUCCAGAUGAAUUUGAGAGAGUUCUGGUUGGUAUACAGUCUUAUAUAAGCAUCAGAAGGCAUUUUGAUGAUAUUGCUUUCUCAGUCUUUGAAACAGAUGAAGGCAACUCUCCCAACAAAAAGGAUUUCAUUGAAGAUUUAUGGGAGCGUAUUCAAGUUCUUUCUCGCAACGGGUGGAAGGUUAAGAGUGUUCCAAAACCUCACUUAUCAUUUGAAGCCCAGCUGGUAGCUGGUGUCUCUCACCGUUUCUCCCCAAUUAGUUGCCCCCCACCUACUAUCUCACAAUCAUCCUCUGAAAUAGUAAAAGGUCAAGAGAAACAUGAAGCUGAUCUGAAGUACCCUCAAAGGCUUCGUAGGCUUCACAUAUUUCCAACAAAUAAAGCCGAGAACAUGCAACCUGUAGAUCGUUUUGUUGUUGAAGAAUGCAUAUUGGACGUGCUACUUUUCUUCAAUGGAUGCCGCAAAGAAUGUGCAUUUUAUCUGGUCAGCUUACCUGUGCCUUUCCGUUAUGAAUACCUGAUGGCUGAGACCAUAUUUUCACAGCUACUGUUAUUGCCGAAUCCCCCUUUCAGGCCAAUUUACUAUACUUUGGUUAUUAUCGACCUUUGCAAGGCAUUGCCAGGUGCAUUUCCUUCAGUUGUGGUAGGAGCAGUGCAUGCUCUUUUUGAAAGAAUUAGUAACAUGGAUAUGGAGUGCCGCACCCGACUUAUCCUAUGGUUUUCACAUCAUUUGUCAAAUUUCCAAUUCAUUUGGCCUUGGCAGGAAUGGGCUUAUGUCAAGGACCUUCCAAAAUGGGCUCCACAGCGUGUUUUUGUCCAAGAAGUAUUAGAAAGGGAAAUUCGUUUGUCCUACUUUGACAAAAUCAAGCAGAGCAUAGAGGACGCCGCUGAAUUGGAAGAAUUGUUACCCCCAAAAGCUGGGCCUAACUUCAGAUAUCAUAGUGAUGAAGGCAAAGAAAGCACUGAUGGCCACAGAUUGUCCAAGGAACUUGUUGGCAUGGUUAGAGGAAAGAAGACAGUACGUGAUAUUAUUUUAUGGGUAGAAGAACAAAUAAUUCCUGCAAAUGGUGCCAAAUUUGCACUUGAUGUUGUUAGCCAGACACUUCUGGACAUCGGCUCAAAAAGUUUCACCCAUCUUAUCACUGUUUUGGAGAGAUAUAAUCAAAUAAUAUCAAAGCUGUGCCCAAAUGAGGAAAUGCAGUUAUUGUUGAUGGAUGAAGUCAGUGCUUAUUGGAAGAACAGUACCCAGAUGAUUGCGAUAACUAUUGAUAGGAUGAUGGUUUAUCGCCUAAUUUCCAAUCUGGCUAUAGUCAAAUGGGUUUUUUCUCCUGCUAAUGUUGAUCAGUUUCAUGUUUCAGAUCGUCCAUGGGAGAUUCUUAGAAAUGCUGUUAGUAAAACAUACAAUCGGAUUUAUGACCUCCGAAAAGAAAUUCAGACACUCAGGAAAGGUCUUCAAGCUGCUAAAGAGGCCAGUGAAAAGGCCAACAGAGAGCUGGAGGAGGCUAAAUCUAUUAUUGAGAUUGUAGAUGGCCAACCAGUGCCGGUUGAAAAACCAGGAAGACUAAAACGACUUCAGACGCGUGCUGACACUAUGAAAGAGGAGGAAGUAACCACUGAAGAAUCUUUAGAAGCAAAGGAUGCCCUCCUUGUUCGGGGACUUGAAGAAAGCAAGGAAUUGCUUAGGUUACUGUUCAAGAGCUUUGUUGAUGUGUUAACAGAACGUUUGCCACCUAUUUCUGCUGAUGGAGAGGUUCCUAAUUUACGUGCCGGAGAUCCAAAUGUAAACUCUGCAGCCAGUGCCCCUGAAGCAACUAUGGACAUAGACAAUGAAAAUGGAGCAGAUAAUGAUAGUCAGCUGAAUGGUCAAAACACAAAAGUCGGUCAUAAUGUUGGAGAGCUUGAGCAAUGGUGUCUUUGCACAUUGGGCUAUCUCAAGUCAUUUUCUCGUCAGUAUGCUACUGAGAUCUGGUCUCAUAUGUCGAUGUUGGAUCAAGAGGUUUUUGUUGGGGAUAUUCACCCUCUUAUCCGGAAAGCUGCUUUCUCCGGUUUGUGCAGACCAACUAGUGAAGGGUCUCACCUUUGAUUUUUGACCCUUCCAGUGAGUUGUAGUUUACCUUGUAUCAUACGCUACAAAUUUUCAUCUUCACUAACUGGACAUGCCGAAAAAUACUCUGCGUAAUGUACUCAGGAAAUCGAUUUUCUCGU